AUGGAGUGGUGGCGCAAACUGGUUUUCCCAGUCAGAAGAGUUUGGUGUGCUGCAUCUGUACGUGUCAGGGCUCGCAAAAAUGGUGCCGGGCUUUUGAAACUUCGCAAUGACAUCCAAACUUGUGGGUACGAGGAUGUGCAGAUAAUGUGGGAAAUGCUAAGAAGAACAGAAUCAGAACCGAUGCCACGCCAUACUAAGCGCAAGCAGCGUUGGUCUAGUCCCCUUGGGUAUCAACCCCUGGUACCCAAAAUGGAGACUAGAGAACUGUGCCUGCUAAGUCCUGCAGGCCGCGAGACUAGAGAACUAGGCUGA